AUGGCACCCGAAAUGGAGGAUCCGCGAAUGACCUCCAUCAAGCCGAGGAUCAAAUAUAAUACAAUUGGAGGUGUCAAUGGACCGCUGGUCAUUCUCGACAAUGUCAAAUUCCCACGUUAUAACGAGAUCGUGUCUAUAACUCUCCCCGAUGGGUCUGAAAGGUCUGGCCAGGUGUUGGAAGCAAGAGGUAAUCGAGCUGUUGUACAGGUGUUCGAGGGAACGACGGGCAUUGACGUGAAGAAGACGAAAGUCGAAUUUACCGGGCACAGUCUGAAGCUGGGAGUUUCAGAAGACAUGCUUGGUCGAAUAUUCGACGGUUCAGGCAGAGCCAUCGACAAGGGGCCAAAAGUGCUAGCCGAGGACUAUCUCGACAUCAACGGCAGUCCUAUCAAUCCUUAUUCUCGAGUGUACCCCGAGGAAAUGAUAGCGACUGGAAUCUCUGCCAUAGACACCAUGAACUCCAUCGCUCGUGGCCAAAAGAUUCCCAUCUUUUCUUCAGCUGGUCUGCCGCAUAACGAAAUCGCCGCGCAGAUAUGUCGUCAAGCUGGAUUAGUCAAUAAACCCACCAAAGAUGUCCACGACGGACACGAAGAUAACUUUAGCAUUGUCUUUGCUGCUAUGGGUGUCAAUAUGGAGACAUCGCGUUUCUUCACCCGAGACUUCGAAGAGAACGGAUCCAUGGAGCGAGUCACGCUAUUCCUCAACCUCGCCAAUGAUCCUACCAUCGAACGUAUUAUCACGCCUCGUCUUGCUCUCACCACUGCAGAAUAUUAUGCAUAUCAACUCGAAAAGCACGUUCUCGUCAUUCUCACCGACCUGACAGCUUACUGUGACGCCCUACGUGAAGUGUCAGCUGCCCGCGAAGAGGUCCCAGGUCGUCGCGGCUACCCAGGUUACAUGUAUACUGAUUUGUCUACCAUCUAUGAAAGGGCAGGGCGUGUCCAGGGCCGAAACGGUUCUAUUACCCAGAUUCCCAUCUUGACGAUGCCCAACGAAGACAUCACCCAUCCCAUUCCCGAUCUGACGGGAUACAUCACGGAGGGUCAGAUAUUUGUCGACCGUCAAUUGUACAACAAGGGUGUCGUGCCUCCGAUCAACGUCCUGCCGUCGCUCUCCCGUCUCAUGAAGUCCGCCAUCGGCGAGAAGCUCACGCGAAAAGACCACGGAGAUGUCUCUAAUCAGCUAUACGCCAAGUACGCCAUCGGCAGAGACGCCGCCUCCAUGAAAGCCGUCGUGGGUGAAGAAGCACUCUCAUCCGAGGACAAGCUCGCUCUGGAGUUUAUGGAGAAGUUUGAAAAACAGUUCAUCUCGCAAAGCCCGUACGAGAGUCGAACCAUCUUUGACAGCCUGGACCUGGCAUGGAGCCUGCUUAGGAUCUUCCCCAAGGAGCUUCUCAAUCGGAUUCCCGCCAAGAUUCUGGAUGAGUUCUAUGCUAGAAAAGGUGGCAAGGGCAAGGGAAAGGAGGAUAGCGGCAGCAAGGACACCAGGGACAAUGAAUCCAAGGCUAACGGUGAGACUGAGAACCUCAUCGAUGCGUAG